UUGAAAGUCUUUGUAAGGUUUCAAAAUAAAAGAGAGAAGACAGACAGAAAGAGGACUUUUAUCUUUGUAACGUCACUGACUGACUCCACCCACAGUCAGAUCUCUUCCUGAUCUCAAGAUGGCAACAGAGAAAGACACAUAUAAGCAGAUGAAAAAACUACAGUACGAUGAUCAGACAGACGUCAGGAGUCACAGAAGAUGAUCAGAUGAAGACUGAAGAAAGACACGGAGGAGAGAAUAAAAUCUGAACAUGUCUGCCGCUGACACCAGAGUGAUCGUCGCUCACAUUCCUCCUCGCAGGAGAAGAUGGAGUAGAGACCAACCUCCUACGAUGAGGAUUGUUCUUCUGGGGAAGAGCGUGUCAGAAAACAGUGGAGUGGGAAACUUCCUGUUGGGACGAGCAGCGUUUGACAGUGAAGCUCCUCCAGAUGUUGUAGAGAGAGUCGCAGGAAGAUUGAAGGACAGACACGUGAUGGUCAUCAGCAGUCCUCAGCUGCUCCAGACAAACAUCUCAGAUCAUCAGAUCACACAGACAGUGAGAGAGUGUGUGUCUCUGUCUGAUCCAGGACCUCAUGCAUUCAUUAUCAUACUGCAAUAUAAAGACUUCACUAAGAAGGUCAUGAGAAGACUGAAAUAUGUGCUGGAAAAAUUCAGUGAAGAGGCGAUCAAACACACUAUAGUGAUCACGACUGAUAAAGAGACACACCGAGCUGAAGGAGCACCUGUGAAAACUAAUAAAUUCAUUCAACAGUUAACUGCUGAGUGUGGAGGAGGACAUGUUCAACUUGAUAAUGAAAUAAAAACAAUGAUAUCUGAAAUACUGCAAAGAUUAGAGAAGAUACUCAGAGAAAACAAUGAAGAAUUUGUCACAUGUGAGCUCUAUUAUGAUGCAGAAGAAACACUGGUGGAUGAAGAUCUGAGCAGAUCUUUUGCUUCACCCGGAACAAAGGAGGAAGAUUCUGAUGGAGGUUUAAGAGCCACCAGACAACAGAAGCUGAACCUGGCGCUGUGUGGAAGUGAUGAAACACUGAAGAACUCUGUUUCAAAACUCAUAAGAGAGAAGAGGAGAGAUGUGGAUCUUCAUGGACGUCAGGUUAGUCUGGUGGAUCUUCCAGCUCUGUUCAACACUCGUCUCUCAGAGGAGGAAGUGAUGCGUCAGGCUCUUCACUGUGUGUCUCUCUGUCAUCCUGGAGUUCAUGUUUUCCUCCUCAUUAUUCCUGAUGCUCCACUCAAUAAUGAAGACAAAGCAGAAAUGGAGGAGAUCCAGAGGAUCUUCAGCUCCAGAAUCAACGAACACAUGAUGAUCCUCAUAAUGCAGAAUUCAGAGCAUCAGACAGAAGAACUCAAUGAAGAAACACAGUCUGUCAUUGAGAGAUUUGGAGGACAUCAUUUCUUUGGUCCCAACACACAAGUGUCCACAUUGAUGGAGAACAUUGAGAAGAUGCUGGAAGAAAACAGAGGAGAGUUUUACUCCACAGAGACAUUUCUGGAGGCUCCACAAAACUACACAAAUACUAAACAAGCAGCAGGUUCAACAGAGAGGGAAGAUGAUCUGAGGAUUGUGCUGCUGGGAAAAACUGGAGUUGGGAAGAGUGCAACAGGAAACACAAUCUUAGGAAGAGAGGCGUUUAAGGCAGAAGAAUCUUUUGAAUCAGUGACCAGUGAGAGUCAGAGAGAAUCAUCUGAAAUCAACGGCCGACACGUUACUGUGAUCGACACUCCAGGACUGUUUGAUACUGAACUGAGUAAUGAGGAGAUCCAGAGAGAAAUCAGACACUGCAUCUCAAUGAUCCUGCCUGGACCACAUGUGUUUCUCCUGCUGAUUCCACUGGGAAGAUUCACUAAAGAAGAACAGAAAUCAGUGAAGAUCAUCCAAGAGACGUUCGGAGAGAAAUCUUUAAUGUUCACCAUGGUGCUCUUCACCAGAGGAGAUUUCCUGAAGAACAAAACUAUUGAACAGUGUUUGGGAAAACCUGGAUCUGUGAUCAGAAACCUGAUUGAAGCGUGUGGAAACAGAUUCCAUGUGUUCAAUAAUAAUCAGACUGGAGACCGAACACAGGUGUCUGAUCUACUGGAGAAGAUAGACAACAUGGUGAGAGUGAACGGAGGGAGUUUCUACUCAUGUAAGAUGUUCAGAGAGAUGGAGAGAGAAAGACAAGAACAACAGAUGAAGAUCCUGAUGGACAGAGUCAGAGAAAGAGAAGAACUGAUGAAGAAACUGGAAGAAGAAAUGAACAAAGAACGAGAGACAUUUAAAAAUAAAAUAGAGCAGCUGAAGAAAGAAAAAGAAAAACUGCUGAUGAAAUACGACACGGAAAUAGACAGACUAAUGAAUAGAAUACAGAUUGAACGACAGAAUCAUGAAAAAGAGAGAAAGAGAAGAGAAGAAGAGUUUAAUGAGAGAGAAGAGCGAUAUAAAAGAGAAAUGAGAAGAAGAGAACGAAUGAAAGAGAAAGAAGAGAGUGAGGAAAAGAUGUGUGAAGAGAUGAAGAGAGAACGAGAGGAAUGGGAGAAACAGAAACUAGAGGAAAAGACGAGAAGAGAAGAAGAGGAUGAGAAAAGAAGAGAAAAAGACAAACAGAUUCAGAGACUCGAGAGUGAAAUGGAGGGAAUAAUCAGAGAGAAAGAGAGAACAGAAAGAGAGAGACGAGAACAACUAGAGGAUCUAGAGAAGAGACUGACAGAAGAAAGAAACAUGAGAGAAGAUCAACAAAAGACUUCUGAAGAAACACUGAAACUCCUUGAAGAACAGCAUGAAGAAGAACAGAAGAGAAGACGAGUGGAGUGGAGAGAGAAAUAUGAACGAGAGAAAGAGGAGAUGAACUGCUCUGAAACUGAUCCGAAAGUCUCAGCCUACAGGAAACUGGAGACUGAAUACAGCAAGUGGUCCUGGAGUCUUCACAGAACCAUGAUGGAAACUGAGAACAAACUACACAGCAAAAUAGAGAAUGAAGUGAUUCAUGAGGUUGAGGAAACUGAUCUUCAAAGGGAACUGAAGAAGACAAGAGAAGAAGUGGAAAAAUCAAUGUCUGAAUUCUUUGAGAAUGACAGAGAUAAAUAUAUACUGAUUCAGAGGAAAACAUCAUUUGAGAUCAAAAUCAAAGAGCUUCAGGAAAACAUUGUGAGAGAAACAAAGAGGAGAUUAAAUGAGGUUCUUCAGCAGCGAGACCUGAAGAAAAAGAUUGAUGAUCAGAGAAUAAAUCAUGAAAACACUCUCUAUGAAAAGAGCAAAGAACUCGCCUUAAAACUCAGAGACAAAAGAAAUGAUGAAGAAAUACUGAAGAAAGAGUUUGAUUUGUUCUGGGAACAGAGUGUGAAAAACAUCAUCAGAGACACUCCUCUAAUCAGAGACAUUGAUGUAAUGAGAGAUGUGAGAGAAAUCCUCAGUGAUAACUAUGGAAGAGUUCCUGUAGAUCUCUGGAGGGAGAGGAGGGAUAUUUUUACUGUGUUGAGUUAUUCAGAUUAUGUACGGUUAAAGAGAUCCAGUGGAAUUACAGGAGCUUUAACAAAUGUCAUCAGAUCAGCUAAAGAGAUGUAUGGUUUAAUUCUAUCUAAAGAGGAUGAAGCUCAAAUCAGAUCAUUAGUCUCAGAUGUUUCUCAGCAAACAGACAGAAUGAUUCAGUCAUUUAACAUUUCAGAGAUGGGCUACAACAAAAGCUUCAUUCAACAACUCACAGGUUACAUCAAGACAAGAGUAACAGAACAUGAGGAAGAACAAGUGAAAUAUGAGUUCAAGAAUGAAUUCGUCAUGGAUUUGGUUCUUUCCAUCUGUGAGAGAUCAAACAAGAUGAUCACUGACCAACACAGACUGUUCAGAGAAGCCAAUGAUCCUGAAAUAUAUGCUGAGAAGAAGAGAGGAGAGUACUAUAGUAUUUUCCAGAAAUACUGUCAUGGAGCAACAUCAGCUGCUGUUUUUGGUGAGAUCAUCUGUCAGAAACUGAAAGAGCCCAUUGAGCAGAGCGUCUACAAGAAGACUGCCAGAGAUCUGAGAGAUGAAAUGAGAUCAAACUGUGAAUCACUGAAUGGAAACAGAUCAAAUCUGGAGAAACACAUCCUGAAGACACUGGCAGAAGAGGAGGAUUUUGACAAAUACAUGAACUACAUUCAUAAUCCCAGAGAUCACUACAAGAGUUUCAUCAGAGAUGAAGUCAGUCGGUACAUCUCUGAUAAGUUCAGUGUCAGUGUUUUACCCAAGAUGAAGGAGAACAUUGAACUCCUGCAGCAGAAGAUCAUGAAAGCAGCACAUGAAUCUACUGAACAUGUUCAAGAGAACAGAGGAGAUGUUGGUUUGUGGUUGAAGAGAUUCACUCAGCAGAUCUCAGAUGAGCUGAUCUUCUCUGAAAAAGACCUCAGAGGAGUCAAACAUGAUGAUGUUGAUGAUUUCAAUCUCCUAGAAGAUGUGAUGAGACAAGAACUUCCGUAUAUAUUGUCUGAAAUUGGUGGUAGAUUAUGCACAGAGAAAUUUUAUAAAAAACUAAACCUCAAGUUCAGGCCAGAUGAGCUUCUGAUUGAUCUCUUCUGUCAGUGCUGUUGGGUUCAGUGUCCGUUCUGUGGAGUCACCUGCACCAACGAUAUAGAAAACCAUGAUGGAGAUCAUAGUGUUGCUUUCCACAGAGUGACUGGAAUUAAUGGGUGGAUUUACAGAGGAACAACAAACUUGUCCAUUAGUAUCUGCACAUCAUCAGUAGCAAGUGAUCGAUCUUUUUAUCCCACUGACUCAGAUGAUAAAGUCCUAUAUAAAGACUACAGAAGAGCAGGAGGAGUUUAUGCUGACUGGAGCAUCACUCCUGAUCUCUCUGAACUGUCCUACUGGAAGUGGUUUGUGUGCAGAUUCCAGAAAGAUCUGGAAAAAUACUACAAUAAAACAUUUGAGGGUGAUGGUGUGAUACCAGAUGAAUGGAGAAGAUACAGAAAACAGGAUGCCUUUGAGAGUUUGAAUCAAUACAUGUAA